AUGGAGUCUACUCUAGUAUCGCAGCCAGACGUGGCGUCAAACGUCCGCGUUGAGGACGCGACCAACGGGAAUCCUACGGAUGAUAACGACAGCGACACGAAAGUUUCGAAUGAGAAAUUCUCACCAGCGUUGAAUGUCGCGGCACAGGAUACCCCCCAGUACACAGAAAUCCCAAUUGAUAAUAGUCAACCACAUCCGCAGCAUGUCCAAGAACGUUUGGCGGUCAUUGAGACCAAAAUCGACCGAUUCGUGGAUCUGUUUGACCCGCCAAAGCUGGAUGAGUCGCUUGAACGGGAGCGAGACAUGGAGUAUUUCGAGGAUCAGCAUGGUGAGAAAUUCGACCUGCACAGAAAGUCAGCGCGUGAGUAUCUCGAGCAUGUCAUGUGGUUCAUGGGUCACUCACGCCGUGAAUUCGAGCUAUCAACGAAGGCUCGCCGAGAGCGAGAAGAAAGCAGGAAAGAGGCUAUAAAAAAGGAUCGGCUGAAUGACGACAAGAUGGAAUUGUUAGAGGAACUCUGUGCGACGGCAUACAUGGAAGGCAGAGCCGCCGAGAUGGAUUGGAUGGGCUGGUUGGACUUCAUCAAACCCAAAGGAUCAUACGAAAACUCGGCCUUAUUUCCUCUCACAGCGGCCAUUGGUGACCCAGAGCCGCAGAUCAUCCUACCGAUAUAUACCUCCGCAUAUCGCGCUGAGGUUCACGUGAGGGAACCGAUGGCUCGUGUAAUUGAGCGCCCUACGGAUCAUGGAUUCCCGAACGGUUCACCAAGCCAAGAAUUGCUUCCUGAACGUAUCAAGAUACACUCUGAGCCACUCGCCCGUAUACUGAUCGCGGUACUGGACGCUCGCCUGACAUGGAAUCCCAACGGUCUGGAUGGUUCCAACGUGUUUCUGCGGCCUUUUCGCGAGUUUAUCUAUUACGAGAAGCAAUUGAGGGAGUAUCUGGAAAAGAUAGAGGCCCGAUUUAAGCGGGUUCAAGUGAUCGAAGGCAAAUUGGUUACAUCUAUGAAGACCGGAGAAGGUGCUGCUUUAGAGGACAGAGCAGUAGAGGCUGGUGAUGUUGGUGAGGCUGAAGAUGCCAGCGACGACCGUCAACUAGGCCCACACAAGGCAACGGAAAAUUCACGACUCCAUCCCGACCAGACUACAGAGCAAAGCAGAACUAUCUUCUUCCACGACUUGUGGCAUUUGUUCCAACCUGGGAAUGAGGUUGUGGACCAGGGAGAAAAGCAAGGAUAUCGAGUGGUCCGUAUAGAAAUACCUCGACACAAGGUCGAAGAUCCUUGGUUGCGGUGGACUUACAGGAAGUUCGGCAAGGCAGAUGAUAGCGACGAGGACGAUGCAGAAGAAGAAGAAGACGAUCCUGUUAAGGUGCAUUGUGCUUACAUUGAUUUCGAUGGGAAGCAGUUUGGCCCUGUUUCAGUCAAGUUCACGAUUCAACCUUAUGGCGGAUUGAGGGACAUCAGGUCUCUUCCGGUGUACCCUCUCAGAUACGCAAAGGAUACCAAGUUUCGAGAAAAGUUGAUCGAUCGGGGAAAGAUGCUCCUUGAUGUGGCAAAAUUUCGGCCUAUGUACUAUACCGGAUACACCCUCGAUACUCGUGACGAGAUCGACAGUCAAGUUGUUGUAGAUUUCAGUGAAGCUCUAGCAAAUGAGGCACGAAGAAAGUGGACACCAAAAAUCGAUAGCCUGAGGACCGCACCGGACAAAGGGGACGUCGAUGAAAAGUGUUCUGCAGCUUGUUGCGCAGGGCAAGGCGUUGGUGACGACAAGUACAUUGACUCACGACUCACGGAGGACUUCGUCAAAAGCUUACUGCCGGACCGCUCCCUGGGAGCGCCGUCUCUGCUGUUAUCUCCACGGCCUCUAGAAGAGACUCAAGUGAAUGAGCCAACAGAAGACGAGUAUGUCGUAAUGACGUAUCGUGUAUUCGCAUUUGUAUUGCGCAGUCGAAAGUGGGCACAGCUGGACCUAACGUUCCUGAGGUAUCAGAACAAAGACGCUCGAGAUUUCACGCUCUCAGCGUUCGACCAGCUCGCAUUGCCUGAUGGCCAUCGCGAUAUGGUUGAGUCGCUUGUCACGCAGCAUUUCCGUGACAGGAAAUCUAAUUCCAACGAACAAACUGAUAUAGUUAAGGGAAAAGGUAAGGGCCUGAUCCUAUUGUUGCAUGGUGCCCCCGGUGUAGGAAAAACGACUACAGCAGAGGGAGUGGCCGAGCGAUUCCAGAAGCCGUUGUUCCAAAUCACAUGUGGCGACCUUGGAAAUACUGCGCGGGAUGUUGAGGGCGAACUGGAGAAAAAUUUCAGCCUAGCAAGUCGCUGGGGGUGCAUCCUGCUGCUUGAUGAAGCAGACGUUUUCUUGUCGGCGAGAGAGAGGAAGGAUUUUGAGCGCAAUGGCCUGGUAGCCGUGUUUCUGCGCGUAUUAGAGUACUACGCUGGGAUACUGUUCUUAACCACGAAUCGUAUUGGCGAUUUCGAUGAAGCAUUUGCUUCUCGGAUCCACAUGAGCUUGUAUUAUCCCGAACUGGACGAAGCAAAGACUCGGAAGGUCUUCACACUCAAUCUAGACCUUAUCGAGCAGCGUUUCAGGCGUCAAGGUCGCAAAAUCACGUAUGAUGCUUCCUCUAUCGAGAGCUUUGCCGGACACCAUUUCCACAACUUCAAAUACAAUCGGUGGAAUGGUCGACAGAUCCGAAAUUUGUGUCAGACUGCGCUGGCUUUGGCUGAAUUCGACGCGCACGGCAGAGGUAUUGAUGCUAAGAUAAAAUCGGAUGCUACCAUCCAGUUGCAGCUCAAGUACUUCGAAACCGUGCGCAAAGCAUAUCUUGACUUCGGCCAAUACUUGGGAGAUGUUCGAGGCACCCAGAGUGACCAGAGGGCUUACGACAAUGCAUUGAGAUCGAAAAAGGACACUCCGUUCCAGACCACGCCCAGCCGUUUCUCAGCAAGAGGUGACGACCCAGGUGCCCGACAUGUAUCUUCAUUGUCCGAGUCGCAGUCUUCUGCUCAAGGUGAUCCCUUCACAUCUUUUGGUGGCCAGAAUUAUACGAGUGGAGGCAGUUCGAAUAUGAGAGCCAGCUAUUCUCAGCCAUAUUCGCCUGGCCACGGAUACGCUAGCAAUCCUGGAAUGGCCAGAUACGAUGGUCCUCAGGGGUAUCCACAAGCAAAUAGCCAGCAGAACCAGCAAGGCCAGCACAAUCCAAAUCACUUCCCGAUGCAACAGGUCCCUCAGAUGGGUUUCAAUCCGCAAGCCCAGCAAAACAUGGGAGCACCGAACAUGGGAGCACCGAAUAUAGGGGCGCAGAACAUGGGCAUGCCGUACAUGGGCAUGCCAUACAAUCAACCAGGGCAAGCCCAUCCCAUGCAACAGCCACAAGGGCAGAAUCUACAAGCACCGCAGUACAACUAUCCUGCUAUGCAGGGUGGACCACAGAGCGAUACAAUGGGUGGAGCGAACUCUCCCGGCCAAGUAGCGCAGGGCGGACCGGUAGGAGAUCCAAGGUUGGGCGGCGGUCCAGGGAGCAGUGAUCGAUGA